CAGAAGCUAGAACCACGCGAAAACAAAAUUUGUUUUUUCUAUUUUUGAAUAUUACACAGGACAAUGCCUGUUGUCAAAUCGAUGUCAGCGAUAGUAGAUUGGAUUUGGGUCAUUUUCAAUCACCCAGAUAGUUGGUAUAGCCGAACACUCACUGAAGUAUAAACACAUGCCAUAUUUCGUACUAUGAAUGGUUCAAUUUUCGAUACUUGAGACUCGCAGGUGAACUGCUUUUCGCAGUGGCACAGCGAGUGCUACAUAACCGUAUGCCUCCAAGUUAUCAGCUUAUUUUUUCACCUAUAUAUUGCCUUACACAUUUCUGUGGUCAUAUUCUCUGGAUUUGGUGUCUUUUCUAUGUAAAUUGGAAUAAAACAAUAAUUAUUGGUCAUCAUAGAUGGCGCUGUAGGGCUCUUCUCACAUUUCGUACUAUGAACAGUUCAAUUUUCGAUACUUGAGACUCACGGGUGAACUGCUUUCGCAGUGGCACAGCGAGUGCUACAUAACCGUGUCCCUCCAAGUUAUCAGCUUAUUUUUUUACCUAUAUGUUGCCUUACAUGUUUCUGUGGUCAUAUUCUCUGGAUUUGAUGCCUUUUCUAUGUAAAUUUGAAUAAAACAAUAAUUAUUGGACAUCAUAGAUGGCGCUGUAGGGCUCUUCUAAGUCCACGCACGUGCGUGGCAAAGUCCAGUUUGCCUACUUCUAGUUCGUCAGCAGUGAGACCAGCAGGGUGCAGUAGGGUGUAGGUAUGGCGUCCGCGGAGGAGGCUUUGCCACGUCGUGUGACCCGGGAGCCAAACGAAGCCUUGCUGAAACUUAUGGCGAGAACAGGAUACACCAUACGGCAAGAAAAAUGGGAAAGAAAGUACGGCGAUCCACCUCCGACUGGGAAAGCCCGGCUCCUUUAAAGGGUUGUGAAAUUUUCGUCGGAGGUAUUCCAAAAGACUGUUACGAAGACGAGCUCGUUCCAGUAUUUGAGAAGAUAGGAAAGAUUUACGAACUGAAACUCGUAAUGAACCGCCGCUCUGGACCCCAUAGAGGAUAUGGAUUCGUUAAAUACACUAACAAAGAACACGCGAAUCAAGCGGUAAAGGAGCUUCACAACUACGAAAUUCGUAAAGGCCAGCUCUUGUGUGUUCGCAACUCUCCUAAGGUGGUUUUGCACGUGGGGAACCUUAUGUCGACAACUACAGAAGACAAAAUUAGAAAGCUGUGCAGUCAAGUUGUGGGAAGAGACAACGCUGUGGAAAGAGUAAAGAAGAUAAGAGAUUAUGCAUUCAUUCAUUUUAGAGACAGAGAUGCUGCUAUCAUGGCCAUGACUAAACUUAAUGGAAUGAAUGUUGAAGGUGCUUACAUUGAGGUUGCAUGGGCAAAAGGAAGAGAGCAGGACUGCCACUUGGGUGAGGUUGAUAGAGCAUACAACAGAGGCCAGGAAGCAUUGGAGUCUUGGAAGCAGAAAGAAGUAUCAUAUGUUAAGGCUAAUCAGGACUGCCACUUGGGUGAGGUUGAUAGAGCAUACAACAGAGGCCCGGAAGCGUUGAAAUCUUGGAAGCAGAAAGAAGUAUCAUAUGUCAGGGCUAAUCAGGACUGCCACUUGGGUGAGGUUGAUAGAACAUACAACAGAGGCCAGGAAGCGUUGGAAUCUUGGAAGCAGAAAGAAGUAUCAUAUGUCAGGGGCUAUGGCAAUGAUCCUAGUUACUCGCCUCCAUUGUAUUACAACCCGAUGUCUCCACCACCCGCAAGCAGGGCGUUGGCAGAGCGAGGUCCCAUGGGCAUCAGAAGCCCUGUGCGAGGCCGAGGGAUGAUGAUGAGGGGGUGGGGCUUUAGGAAACAUCCAGCAGAGGUGCUCGAUGACCUUUGCCAGAAGAAUGGAUGGGGAAGUCCUGUAUACCAGCUUCAUUCUCUCAUGGGAAGGGAUGGAAGUGGUGCCCAACAGCUCUUAGAGCUCUUUUUGUACAAGAUCACCAUACCAGCUCUCGGUACUCAGUUUCCAAAUCGUAACCCAUUUACCCCAAAUAAACUGUGUUCUACUGUUGAGGGGGCAAAGGUUUUUGCAGCAGAGUACACUUUGAUGCAGUUAGGUGUGCCUCUUGAAGCCCUAGAGUACAUUAGCCCACCAUGUCCUUACACCCAGCCGAGCUAUGCCAACCACCCGACCCACCUGUGGAACGCUUCCAACAGAUCAUGUGAAAAGCCAUGGAUGACCUACUGGUAGUUGUCGUUUUCUCUUCGAUGGUCAUUUGGCAAUCUCUACUAAUAGAGCCAGACAUUUUGGACACCUGCUUUGACCGGUCUUUUCAAAGUCAAAUUAGCUGUUCAGUGCACCCAUUUAUCAUUUAUUUUCAAUAUCAUUUUUAUCAUUUACA